AUGACUGACUAUCAAAAGAAAUUUGAUCCAGUUUUACUAUCUAUAGCUCAAGAACUUGAAGGAGGCAUUCCCCAGUUUUUCGAUGUUCUCUUCAGUUUCCUCUCAAGGAAGACAGAUUUCUAUACUGGAGCUGAUAUUGAAGAUGCUCAGAAUAUGGUCAUGACAUACUUCAAGAAACAUGGAGCUGAAGCAGAAAAGCUUGCUCGAGAGAAGCUCAAACUGAAACAAGAGCAAGAAGAGAAAUUAAGACAGAAGAGACUUGCUGAGAAACUUAAAGAAGAGUCCAGAGUUACUGAGAUCACUGAUGAGGAGGCUGAAGUACUUGCCAAGAAGUUGGAAGCACAAAAUAAAGUCGAUGAGAAUGUGGUUGAAAAAGAGUUGCCUGACGGUGAGAAGAAAGACGGAGAUAAAAUUAAACCCAAUGCUGGAAACGGUGCUGAUCUCGAGAAUUAUCAAUGGACUCAAACUCUCCAAGAAGUCGAUUUGACAGUUCCUUUCAAAGUUAACUUUGCUCUGAAAUCUCGUGAUGUCGUUGUGAAAAUUGAGAAAACACAUCUUUACGUUGGGUUGAAAGGACAUCCUCCAAUCAUCGAUGGAAACCUUAGCGCUGCUGUGAAAAUCGAAACAUCUACAUGGAUUUUGGAUAAGAAGUCUGUAGUUCUUUCACUAGAGAAGGUUAAAGACAUGGAAUGGUGGUCAUGUGUUAUUGAAGGCGAGCCUUUGAUUGAAACAACUUCAGUUCAACCAGAGAACUCGAAGCUUUCUGAUUUGGAUGGAGAGACUAGAGCUAUGGUUGAGAAGAUGAUGUACGACCAACGACAAAAGGAGUUAGGUUUACCCACAAGUGACGAGAAGAAGAAACAGGAUAUCUUGAAGACAUUCAUGGCACAACACCCAGAAAUGGAUUUCUCUAAUGCCAAGAUCGCCUAA